CUGGGACAUGUGCCGGAUCUUUUUCAAAGAGAGACCACUACAGACACAUCAGUAAGAUGGACUAAUUCAGCAACAUGAGUUUUGUGAUCAUCGCAUUGGUGAUUGAAGCUUGUUGGAAUGGCCGUCUGGACGACUUCCUGCAAGAAACUUUAUUCGGGCCACUCGAGCUGCACUCCACGUCUACUGGUCUCGGACCAAACUGUACUGCAGCAAGCGAGAGAUGGACCGUCGACCAGCAUGGGACACGCCGCCCAGUCCAAGUGCCAGACUAUACAGCGACUGGUUCCGAAGCCGCUGGACUUGGGGCCUAUACCACUGCCGAGGAUCUUGACACGUUCUUCUCGUCCGUCAUCGAUGCAUCUCACGACAUUGAAUCGGUUCUCCAAGACUGUGAACGCCUUGCUCUGUAUCGAGAACAAAUGGGUCGACGGUGUAUCGUAUUAUACCCCACUUGGUCUGGAAACGACGCUGAGCGGAGUAGCCAUCGGUUUUUUGUCGCCAAGUGGCCUGCAAUUUCCUACAGAGCGCUCCACUACCUUCCCCGCCGUACCGGGCAAUACAUUGGAAUAAGAAAGAUGGUCAAGAUCAACGACUCCGACAAACGACUUAUCCUGAGCCAUUCAAUAUCCAGAGGACAUUUAUUGGAGUUGGGGUUCCUCACCAGCUACAAGUGGGCAGAAGCUCAGACGGGAGAACACAUCUUUCGAUGAGCGGCGUCACCAGCAGUCCCGGGCAAGCGACAACAACAUCUGGACGCUUUGAAUUAUUGUAGACCGGCGACGCACAUCUGUGGAUGUUUGUUCAUUCACACAUGUCAAUCGAUCGCUUAGACAAUGGCGACUGGUUGGAUAUGCGGUUCAGCGUAGUCCGGGACGCGGCCGGCACAGUUGAACUGAAACGCGUGAGGAAAGAU